AUGUUCGUGGCAUCCACCACCUCGGCUGUGUCCGGGCCCCUCUCUCCACCUAGCCUGCCCAGCAACAGCAGCCACGAGCCAUCACUGGACACCCGGGACCCGUUGCUAGCCCGGGCAGAGCUGGCCCUGCUCUCCACAGUGUUUGUGGCCGUGGCCCUGAGCAAUGGCCUGGUGCUGGGGGUCCUGGCACGGCGGGGCCGGCGAGGCCGCUGGGCACCCAUGCACGUCUUCAUCGGCCACUUGUGCCUGGCCGACCUGGCCGUGGCUCUGUUCCAAGUUCUGCCUCAGCUGGCCUGGGAUGCCACUGACCGCUUCCGCGGGCCUGAUGCCCUGUGUCGGGCUGUCAAGUACCUGCAGAUGGUGGGCAUGUACGCCUCCUCCUACAUGAUCCUGGCCAUGACACUGGACCGCCACCGUGCCAUCUGCCGUCCCAUGCUGGCGUACCGCCACGGAGGUGGGGCUCACUGGAACCGGCCAGUGUUGGUGGCCUGGGCCGUCUCGCUUCUUCUUAGCCUGCCCCAGCUCUUCAUCUUUGCCCAGCGUGAUGUGGGAGAUGGCAGUGGGGUCCUUGACUGCUGGGCCCACUUUGCAGAGCCCUGGGGCCUUCGUGCCUAUGUCACCUGGAUCGCCCUGAUGGUGUUUGUGGCACCUGCGCUGGGUAUUGCAGCCUGCCAGGUCCUCAUAUUCAGGGAGAUUCAUGCCAGUCUGGUGCCAGGGCCGUCAGAGAGGGCAGGGGGGAGCCGUGGAGGGUGCCGGACAGGCAGUCCUGGCGAGGGAGCCCGGGUGUCGGCAGCUGUGACCAAGACCGUGAGGAUGACGCUGGUGAUUGUGAUCGUCUAUGUGCUGUGCUGGGCGCCCUUCUUCCUCGUGCAGCUGUGGGCAGCGUGGGACCCGGAGGCGCCUCGGGAAGGGCCACCCUUCGUACUGCUCAUGCUGCUGGCCAGCCUCAACAGCUGCACCAACCCCUGGAUCUACGCCUCCUUCAGCAGCAGCGUGUCCUCGGAGCUGCGUAGCCUACUCUGCUGCGCCCACGGGCGCACCCUGCCCAGCCUGCGGCCCCCAGACGAGUCCUGUGCCACUGCCAGCUCCUCCCUGGCCAAAGACACUUCUCCCUGAGGGGCCAGAGGCUGCCUUCCUUCCAGAGGUUCUAUGAGCUCAGCUGCCUGGGGGGGUCGUCGCAGAGAAUCAGUCACAGCCUGUGGCCCUGGACAAGUUUCGCCAUCCCCAGCUCAUCCCCGGCUGUUUGAAGAGGCCUCAGCUCCAGGACAUAAGGCCGAGGGGCUUCUUAGGUU